AUGAAUGAUUCCUUUUUUAUGGAAGGAGCAUGUAGAGCUACUCAAGUUGUCGAUCUCUUUCCGACUGUGUCUCCCGAGAUUGUUGUUCGGGAGGCACGGUUAGAGGAUUGUUGGGAAGUAGCUGAGACUAACUGCAGCUCGUUCUUCCCCGAAUAUUCCUUCCCUUUGGAUUUCGUGCUACGAGUUGAUAGAAUGGUGGGGAUGCUAUCUGGAUUCUCUAUUUCUCCUGGUUACCGGAGAACUUGUUUGGUAGCUGUCGUUGGUGGUUCAGUUGGUGAUACGUUUUUAUUUGGAACUGAAGAUUUCAACAUCGGAUGUUUCGAUGGAAAAUUCAGUCUUAAUAAAGGGUAUGUGACUGGUAUAUUAACUAUCGAUACCGUUGCUGAUUUUCUUCCUAGAAAAGGACCACUUCGACGGAGAAGGACUGGAAUUGCAUACAUAUCAAAUGUUGCGGUUCGGGAGAGAUUCCAUCGUAAGGGAAUAGCUAAAAGGCUCAUAGCCAAGGCUGAAGCUCAAGCAAAGAGCUAGGGCUUCCGUGCCGUUGCAUUGCACUGCGAUUUGAACAACCCCGGUGCAACAAAACUGUACAAAGACCAGGGUUUCAGAUGCAUUAAGGUGCCGGAAGGAGCAAACUGGCCCCAGCCGAAGACCGCACCCGAUGUGAAGUUCAACUUCAUGAUGAAGCUUCUAAACACCCCUACUACCAUUGCAUAAAUUCUUUCACAAACAUUGAAAAAGAGAAUCGGAUAAAACUCAUCAAAGAUGCAAAUAUGUAGGAUGUCUGAAAUUAGUUGUAUAUAUUUUGAACAUGAUGGGAUUCGCUUCAAAUAUUUGUAGUUACUGUAUUUAUUAUCUGUGAGUGUCGGUUAUAGAUACGUUUAAUCUUUUCUAAAUGAAUUUCUAUAUUUAAA